AUGGCGACGCCCAUGUCCACGAAUACAGAGUGAAUGCUUCUCAGUGGAACGUCAUUUGAUGACAGUUGCAAGGAGACAGCUAUAAGAAUCGAUUAAUUAGUAAUCAUGGAUAAAGACUGGCCAGGCAACAAUAUUGAUCAGGCCAAUGGGGGAGUUGCUGAUGCCCCCGUGGCAGAUGAAGAUGAUGACUUCGGAGAGUUUGGAGGCUUUGAAGCAGCAGAUCCGAUUCCUCCAAAUGUAGCACAGCCAGGAAACCAGGCAGAGGCAGGAUCAUCUCCAUGGGCAGUCUUUGCUUCUGGAAGUGGAACGUUCCGGCAACCUGACCUGCUGUGUGCACAGAAUGCUUUCCCUCAGUAUCUGGACCCCUCAGGUAUCUCGGGGGGUCUGGCCAACGACGCCUCUGCUAACCCCGCCCAGGGUGACCAGCCAUCCUUUCCAGCCAACUUGGAUCUCAGUAAUCAUGAUCAGAUCACAGAUGCUGCUGACCAGGCCCGAAUUGCUGAGAAUGUUCUGGACGGAACUCUCAAUGCCUCAACACGAAGCGUUACCUCCCCUGAAGUAGCACAGCCACCAUCUUCCCCAGCUCCUCUUCCCGAUCUGGGUCUGGGAGGGAAUCGUCUCCCCUUGAUGAGAGAAGCCAGUCCUGACCUGCCACCAGAGGGUGCUGCAGCAGAGGCAGAGCUAGAACCAGCCCCACAGGAAGAUGUUGUCCCAGAGCAGGUGGAACCGGUUGCUGAAAUUCAUGAAAAUGUUGCCCCUCCUGUUCGUGUUGAAGAGGAUGUGCAGCCUUUGGUAGAAGAAAAUGCUAAAUUAAAAAAGGACCUAGAAGGCUUAUCUGCCCAGAACCAGCAGCUGGAGGAAGACCUGACUCGGGCCAGGACGGACUUGGAGCAACAGCGGGCCAGGCUCACAGAGAUACAGGAGCGACAUCGUCUGGAACUUGAUGAGGUGAAGAAGGCCGGUCAUGAUGCAUUGAGUGUGGUGGUGGAACAGUACAAGGAGUCUAGCCGGGCUGCUGUGUUAGAGCAGCAGGAGGUCAGCCUCCAACACCUACAGGAGGCUCUCAAACACCAGGCAGAGUGCUACCAGCAGAUGAUGCAGACACAGAUAUCGGACUUGCGGAGUCAGCAUGAGGUCGAUUUGAAGCGUGAGGAAGAACAGUCUCGAGAGGUGAUAGAGACAGCACGUCUACAACAGCAGGAGCAGUUCCAGUUGUUCCUGGAAGAGGAGCGAGAGAAGCAGACGGCAGAAAUACAAAAGGCCAUACAGGCCGAGAGGGAGAGCAGCAAGAGACUUAUGGAGGCAGCCAUUACAGAGGAACAGGAGAAGGCAGCUGAGACACUAGGCAAGGAGCAGGAAAAGUUCGCCGAAGUUGCACGUGAUGUGAAGGAAAGAUGUUCUGAAGAUGUGAAGGUUGUCAUUGAAGAGGAGAGGACAAGGCAGCAGACGUUGCUGUCAGCAGCAGUGGAGGAGGAGAGGCAGCGUGGGCGAGAGAGUGUGAGAGACACACAGAGGUCAUCUCAGGAAACAAUCCAGUCAUACAUCCAGGAACAGAGACAGAAUGACUCAAUAUUACAUCAGCGCCAUCUAGCGAGUCUGGAUCUGUUCCUGGCCAGUGCAAGACAACAGCUGCAGAUGUUGAUGGACACAGAGAACAGCCACCGAGGUGCACCCAGAGCGGAACUGGAGGACAACAGCCAUCGCAGGCCCGGAGCAGAACAGGAGGACAGUAGUGGCAGUACGUCCCGACCUGAACCAGGACACAAGUCAUGACAGUAGUCACAUCCAGGGUCUGCAAUAAACUGUUGCCUGUACAAGAUGUUAAGGUUAUAUGCCAAGGUUUCUUGUGCUCAAUCACUGUACAGUUGUGUCACAGACUUUAGCACAGAGUCCAGCCUUCAUCUGUGGAUGGAGCAAGUUAGGAGCUACAUGCCUGCGAAGGAGACUAGGAGCUACAGUGAGAUGUGUGUACAGUACAUAUGCUUGUUGCCAUGGAGACUGCAAUGCAGUGCUACAACCACAUGCUUGUCAUGAAAGGCAGCUUAAUUGUGGAUCAUGUGACCAUGGUUACUGAAUAUGGAUAGUGGCUGGAUGGGUAACCAUGGUUACUGAAUGUAGGUUGAAAUGCAUGGGUUGCCAUGUUGAGUACAUGAUAAUCCAAAGUGGCUGACAUGCCCAGUAAAUUAUUUUUCUUCUGCAGGCAGGAUUAAACGAGAUUUGACUUCAAUGACUCACCUGACUCAUCCUAUCUACUAGUCUGAGAUCGUCACGAUAUGGCUGAGAUAUUGCCGAUGUGACGUUAAAUAUUAAUUCACUCACUCACUCACUAGUCUGAGGCUAGUAAAUGUUUACCCAAACUCUUAUUAAAAUAGACUGAAAUUCACUGUACUAACUUUCAGUAGAGGUUCUGCAAGAUAAUGGAAUAUAUACUCAAUUUUUCCACAACUCGUAAUGAUGCUGAAAAUGCAUUGAUUCCAUGGCUAUAUAAGUACUAUUUGUCUGACAACUGCCCUAACAGUGAGUUACAUUCUGUAUCCCACCUUGCCAGAAGAUUCAGAAGUGAGCAGUGUAGCUGGAUGUAGCUGAGUGGAUCAUCUCCUGAAUGUCACAGAAGCCAGAAGCCUGCCAUGUUCUGUACCACGUUUCUCUGGCCAUCUUCGGUUCAGUGAGAUAGCCUAGUGGUUAAAGUGUUCGCUUGUCAUGCCAAAGGCCGGGUUUGAUACUCUAUAUGGGUACAAUGUGUGAAGCCCAUUUCUGGUAUUCGCUGUGUGAAUAUUGCUAAAACCGAUGUUAAACCAUACUCACUCACUCUGGCCAUCUUCCGUGUCUGGUGUCUUCCUCCCAGCAUGCCUCAGUGUAGCAUGUGACUCCAUUAACCAAUGAGAUCUGAUUAUAUAUUCUAUGUAUUGUACAAGUGCUUUGUGUAAAUACUCCACAUAAUGGGCCCAGGGUCUUUUUUGAGACAACAGUGCUAGAGAAUAUCCUGCCUGUCAAAAUGCAGUAGCUUUUCAGCUGGGCUAAUCAUGUUUUCAAAAGUGCUAGUCAUGUUUUCACUGCUACCUUUUUAAACAGGGCUAGCUAGUAC